UAAUAAGUUUAAGUGCUUCAAUUAAUUAUUACCAAUUUGAUUGCGCCGCAAAGUACUAAAAAUGGCUGCCGUACGCCGCUCCACGCGUCUCAGCAGCGUCAGCAAGACGGAGGCAACGCAAUCGCCAGCAACAACAACAACGCCACGACGUUCAGAAAUUUGGCGUCGACGGCAGAUGAAGAAUUUAAGCAGUGACGACGAAGAUGAUUGUAUAGUUGUAAUUUCAGAAAAUAACGAAAACAGGAAUCUGUUGAAUAAAAUGGACCGAAGUAGCUCAAGACGGAGAAGCGCCGCCGCGUCUGCAGCCGCAACCAAAGCCCAGUUGCAGCUAGAGCACGAGAUUCUAAAGACGCCACGCAGCAGCAAGAAGACAUCAGCAACAUCAGUUAGCAGAACUCCCACAAGAACAACAACGACGACGCCCUCGUCGAAACGAGAAAUGCAACAAAAACAUAAUUCGCUGCAAAAAAUGUGCACAAUUAAAAGCAGUGAUGAUGAGGAGGACGAUGCCAAGACUCAUGUGUCGCCGCCAAAGCAACGCAAGAAACAACAACUUAUACAACAUCUGAUAAGUCCCACCAGACUUCUAGAUAGACUAAGCAUUGAUGAACGCAAAGAAGAACAAUCUGAAACCAAGACUGAAGAUAACCCUCACCACAAGACACUAAAUAAAUACACUCAUUCAAACACUGAGGCUAAAGAUGUGCCAGAAGUACUAGCUUCUCCCAUAUGCCACAACGAUCAAAAUAUAGAAGAAACUCUUUCUAAAGCCGAUGCUAAAGUUAAGCCGCAACCACAGCCCUCUCCCACACGUCAUAAGCAGCAAAAUAAGGAAGAAGCCAAAACAGAGGCGCCUGUUCCCUCCCCCACACGCAACAAAUACCAAAAUGCACGUCGCGUGCUUAAUAGUGCCGAGACACAAAAUCUUCCUGGACGAGAGUCGCAGCUGCAGGAGCUACGGGAAUUCUUUACCACCCAUUUGGAUACACAGACUUCGGGCAGUUUGUAUGUCUCCGGACAGCCGGGUACAGGCAAGACUGCCUGCCUUUCCCUGCUAUUGCGCGCGCCCGAGUUCGCUCAACGUUUGCAGCGCGUCUACAUAAAUUGCACCUCAAUUGCCAGUGUGGGUGCUGUCUUCAAGAAGCUGUGCGCUGAGCUUAAUAUCAAACCCGCUGGACGUACUGAGCGCGAUCAUCAAGAGGCUAUACAGAAGCAUUUGCGUACGGCAAAGCGCAUGUUAUUGCUGGUGUUGGACGAGAUCGAUCAGUUGUGCACAUCCCGUCAAGAGGUGCUUUACACAAUUUUCGAAUGGCCCUCAUUGGCGGGUGCUCGCAUUUUACUCGUUGGCAUUGCCAAUAGUUUGGAUCUCACGGAUCGGGCGCUGAUGCGUCUAAAUGCUCGCUGCGAACUCAAACCAAGACUGAUGCACUUUCCACCCUACACCAAACAACAGAUUGUUGAUAUAUUUAAAGCGCGCCUGGCCGAAGCCGAUGUGCUGGAUGUGUUUCCGCCGGUUACGCUGCAACUACUGGCGGCCAAGGUGAGCGCCGUGAGUGGUGAUGUGAGACGUGCGUUGGACAUUGGCAGACGUGUCGUGGAAAUAGCUGAGCAGCAGAAGCGAGUCGGCGAACGUGAGUUCAAUAUGCAAGCGCUAAAUUUUGAGGGUGAGACCAAAGCCAAGGAAGACACUCUAAAACCCGUGCAGGUGACGCAAGUGGCGGCUGUUCUGAACAAAGUCUAUGGCGCAUCACAGAACUUGGACGAGGACAUAGAAGGUGCCUUUCCACUACAGCAGAAGCUCAUGCUCUGCUCACUUGUGCUGAUGCUGCGCAAUGAACGCAACAAGGACAUCAGCAUUGGUCGCCUCCACGAAGUCUAUAGACGUGUCUGUGCCAAGCGUAACAUUCUAGCCCUCGAUCAGGCUGAAUUUGCUGGCACGGUGGAUCUGGUGGAGACUCGAGGCAUACUGCGUAUUAUGCGCAAAAAAGAGCCACGUUUGAGUAAAGUAGUGCUGCAAUGGGACGAGGAGGAAGUGCAUGGGGCACUGAGCGAUAAGCAGCUGAUCGCUUCGAUCUUGAACGACACCGCCUGCCUUGGCAAGUGAGCAAAGGUGUGUGUCUGCUUACCUUAGCCAAUGCACCUUGCAAAUUGUAUUUAGAUUUAUACAUAUAUAUAUAUAUAUUUAUGCAUACAAUUCGUUUAGUUAAUUGCGCAUUUCUCACAGUUUUCAAUUAUUUUUAUAACGCAUUCACCUUGAGACGCAGUGGACAAACGUACAGACGACGCCACAUAUAAUUUUGAGAUACACAGAAAUAAACGAGAAAAUCAUGUGUGCGCUAAAUUUAAAAAAGCCUCUGCACAAGAAUAUUUUGAAAUAACAUUUUGAGGGUCACUUUCGACAUUUUGGCUUAGUUUUUAAUUAAAUUAUAUGCGCUGUUCCGCAGGAUUUUAUGGCCAUCGUAAAUCUGAAUAAAUGUAGCCAACCUAAUGAGGGAAAUGUAAGUAAGAAUACUGAUGGGGGAAAAUAUUACAAGAAUGCGCUUCUAAGGUCAGGUGCGCAAUAAUAAAUACAUAGGAAAUGCGAACAAAUGUACGCCCUUUAAAUUCAUCUUGACUUUAAGUGUUUAACAAUAAAAUAGUUUAGCUGUAAUAGCA